GAGAGAGAGAGAGAGAGCGGCUGAUUCGGCUUGUAUUGAGUCAGUCCUCAGUGAGACAGCGGUGAGGGGGGAUCAUGCGGCGGACAAGCUUUCUCUCCCAUCUUCAUCAUCAUAAUCAUCCGACAAAUCCGACCAAACACAGCUGAGGAAUCAUGUCGACGAACAACACCACGGGGUCGACAGAGAUGAGGUACACGCGCACGCGUUUUUACGUAUCCACCGUGUCCUUCUCGGUGCUGCUUCUCUUCAACAUCAUCAUCAACUCGACCAUACUCCGCGUGGAGCAUCUCCGGAGUCAUGCCCGCUUCGUGCUGGUUUUCCACCUGCUGCUAUCCGCCUUGGUUUACCUGGGCAUGAGCAGUGUCUUCCACUAUCAGAUUCACCUGAACGCACAGCCGGGCCGUUCCACCUGCCUGGCCAUGAUCACCAUCUUGAUCAGCAGCGGCUCCAACAUCCUCCUGACGCUCACGGUGAUGGCGUUGGACCGCUACUGCGCCGUGUGCCACCCGAUGCGCUACACGUCGCGCUGCACCGCGGCGUGCUGGCCCUGGCUGCUGGGUGUGCUCACCUGGCUGGUGGCUUUGGUCAUCCCUCUCAGUCUGCUCGCCCAACCCUACUCACAAACCACAGACUAUAACGGGAAAUGUGGCCCGGAGCAGCUGAGGAAAGGUGAGCUGCAGAAGGUGCUCUUCAUAGGUUUGUGCACGCUGCUCAUCCUGUACAGCUACGUGAGGAUACUAUUGGAGAGCCGGCGGUUAGGCGUGCUGAAUCGGCGCAACAGGGCGGGGUGCAGGACGAUCGCCCUGCACGGCAGCCAGCUGGCGGUGUUCAUUCUGCCCAACUUUGUUAACUUUGUGCUAACGAUGUUGUACAAACGGGAACUCAUUUUGCAAGAGACCAAAGAGCUGUCAGCCGUGGUUAUCUUUGCUUUCUUCAGCCUGGCUCAGUGCGUUGCGCCGGUUGUUUACGGCUUGCGCAAAGAGGAACUUCUGGAGCAGUUGAGUCACAGGUUCCCCUGUUGUUCCCGAUAUUUGAAGACCGUCCUCGGCUGGACUGUGCGAGUCAACUGGACACACGCCCACCAGAGAACACGGGAGCGAACACUGACAGCCCAGACGAUCAUCUCCCUGGAGGUUGCACAAGUCCAAGAGGAUGAAGAGGAGGAGGAAACCAGGCCUGUGCCAGUCAUGAGUUCCUCACAUGACUUAGACUCAUGCCAAAGCGAUACGGACGCUGCCUGAUGGGAAACAGCAGGUCAAUGCCAGGAUGCCAAUGGCUCAGGAACAUUCGGAUAAAUGGCUGGUGUUCUCAGCUCAAGCCUUAAAGGAACUAAAGGAACCACUGCUUCUGAUGCAAUAAUCCAGAUCUGUGAGGUUUCUUCCUCAUUAGAGGAUGUUAAGAUCUGGAUGUCCAUCACUGUGAGGACAUCAUGUUUAUAUUUUGCUCUGUUUUUGACAUUCAGUCAUUGGAGUGCACAUUCUGUAAGUGGACGAUCAGAGGCCAGCAGCGGAAGACAGUAAGGUCUCAGAAGAAGUGGGCGGUUUUCCUGACUUUUCCAGAUAUUUAAGCUUCAAGUCCCGAGGUCACAAGCCCAAAUGUGCAGCAGUUGGGAUUAAAAAGACUGGGACAGAGGAUAUACUUCAACAUGUCAUUCGGUGAAUGUUGUUUUACAUGUAUUCUGGAUAUUAAAAAUUGUGAGCUUAAUGGUCGUGGUCUGCUAGAAAAUUUCCAGCAUCAUUUAAUCAUUCAGUAUGGCACAAAAUACCAACCAAUUUAUGAAGCUGUGACAGCAGUUGACAUUUCAUCUUCUAACUAAAUAUUUGCAGUCAGAUGGAAUAGUGAUAAUGUUCUCAUGUCCGCAUGUUAAAUGUUGCGGGUGAAUGGACUCACUGAUGUUUUGAGUAUCAAUACCAGUGAUAUGAGGAUUGACGUGAAGAAAAUUGGGUAACCAAGGAUGGCAUUCAUGAUCACCAGCUAAAUGAGGAUGAGCAAUUUGAAAAACCCUACAUUUCUCAAAACUCAGUCUUGAAUGAAUGCCCUCUCAAUGCUUAACACUACUCAACAAUACUAUUAAAAAAUAACAAUAAGCUUGAAAGGGGAGUUGUCAACAGUCAAACAAAGACUGCUGGUUAAGUUGACCUGUGGCACAGUUGAUGCUGAGCUCCAACAAGUCAAGCUUUCAGUCAGACAGAACCGCUCAUGUUGGGGAAAUUCUCAGCACCUUAACCACAGGACUCGUGAAGGCGCUGGCACAACCCUCGCAAGAUCUCCGUCUAACACCCACAGUGCCGACUCUUGACAAGUCAGUUUGUUUCUGAGGGCAGGAAGGGGUUCCUGUUUUUACCCGACAGCAGCCUCCGCGUUCAACCAGACAUCGGAUGGCAAAACACCUACUGCUUCUACCCUGGAAGAGCCCCAGUGCUGCAGAAGUGAAAACCAAGUCACAGCUUGUUAUGAAUACAACAGAAAUAGGAAAUAGGAAGUAUGCCUGGGGGCCAAAAGAAAAAAAAAAAAAGCCUUUUUUUUUUUCUUUUUUUUGCUGAGUGUAAAUAAUCUGUUUCACGGUUAGACAAGCUUUUACGGGAAGAAAUCAUAAAAAAUGUCUCUGAAUUUGUAUGGUGACAAAAAUAUUUCAAGAGUCGAGACUGUACAGAGGCGACAGUUGUAAUGUAAGUGUAUUCAGGCAAAGGCUUAACAGAGGUUUGUUUAAAGGCAAAAUAAAUUAAACCAGUAGUGACACUCAGCUCUCUCACCAGCACAGACAAACAGAUUGACAGAUGAAGCCUACUUUAUUCAUUAAUCCUGAUCGGUUAAGUGUGUCACAACGCCAAAAAGCUCAAACUACAUCUGCCACCUUCAUCAUAGAAAACACAUUUUUAAAAGGAAUGCAACCACAUCUGUUCACACAACAGAUCACUGACUAAAAAGCCU